AUGUUUAACAGGAUAAAGAAAGAUUUUAUUGAGAAGAUAAUUAAAAUUAAUGAGAAAGAAAGUAAUAACAUUGAAACAUCGGUGAACAAUUUUGUUAAAAUGUUAAUUAAUUUCGGGUUAUUGAAAAAUUUUAAUGAAAAGCAAAGUAAAUCAGAGUUACCGAUUAAUAAACCAAAAUAUGUAACCAAUUUCAAAGAUUUAUUAGAAGAUUUAAAUAAGUUUAUAAAUAUAAUUGUUAUUCAUGAAGGAGAAGAUUCACUGAAAAAAAGACAAGAAAAUUUUAAGAAAUUAGUGAAUAAUUUUAUUGAAGAGAUUGAGAUAAUUAAGAUUAAAGGAUUGGAAAAUGAACUUAUUGAAAAGAUACUUAAAGAGAAAGAUCUAAACGAAACAAAAUUAAUAGAUUUGGUGAGAACUUUUACAGUUGAUUUUGCUUUAGCUAAAAAGACAAUUGAACGAUCAGAAACAAAAUUUAAAAAAAAGAUAACUGAACUAAUUGCAGCAAAAAAUUUGGAAAGCAAAUUUAUUAAACCCUUAGUGAAAAACUUUAUUUCAGUAAUUGAAGUGAUAAAUAUAGCUAAAUUUGAAGAGCAGUUGAAUAGUUUUAUUGAAAAGAAAUCUACUAAAGAUAAAAUUUACAAUAAAAAACCGAACAAAAUUGAAGAAAGUAAAGUUAAUGAACUAGCGAAUUCCUUUAUUGAAAAAUUAACUAGUGAUAAAGGAACCUCUGAGAUAGGAACAGACAAAUAUAAAAAUUCAGUAUACGAGUUUAUUGACCAGUUAGAGAUAACUAAAUGUAAAAAAUUGGAGGAAGUCCUUACAAAGGCAAUAACGAUGUUAAUUAAUAAAGUGUCAACUGAGAAAAUUCAUGCAAAGCAAAUAGAGAAUGAAUUAAAGGUCGCUCUUACGAAAUUGGUUAAAGGGGCGGAUUUUAUUGUCGAUAUAGAAGAGAUAACUAAAGAUUUUAUUGAAUGGAUAAAAAAAAAGAACAUUGUAGAAUUUGAGAAUCUAACAGCUAUUAAAAUUAAAAAUUUAGUGAAUGAUUAUAUUAAAGACAAAAAUUUAGCUAAAGUUGAAGAUGAAUUGGCAAAUUAUUUUAUUGAUCAGUUAACUAAAUUUGAAGAGUUAGAGAAUGAAGAUAAUAAAUGGACAUCUAAAAUUAAAGAAUUAAUGAAUCAUUUUAUAAAACGAAUAAUGACGGUUGAAGUUUUAGCAAAUGAAAAUAGCUUGAAAAUCGAAAUUUCAAAAGAACAUUUAUCAGUUGAUGAAAAUUUAAUUCGUCUUUUAUGUUCAGACAAGGAGUAUCUUGAAAUACUUAAAAAAAGUUUGGACGAUAAUGGCAUGAAAGAUCUUAAUAUACUUGCAAGCAAAUUGUUUAAUGGUGAUUCCAUCAUUCUUUUAACAAAGAUUGGCAUUUUUAUUUUUCAUUUAAAUAAGGACGUGAGGUUAUGUACAAGUGGAGGUGAAAGGUUAAUUUCUUUGAAUUAUUUCCAUCAUAUGCACGAUCCGGAAAGCAAGAUUAAAUGGAUCAAAAAAAAAUUCAGAUACCAAAUUGAAGUUAAUGAAUUAAUUUUUGGAACUAUUUCAUAUAUUAAAGAAAACAAUGAAGAUUUUUUAAAAUAUGGCACUGCGUUAUUAAUGUUUGCAAUUGAGGAACAUAAUGUAGAUUUAAUAGAAAGUAUUUAUAAAAAAUGUUUAGAACUUUUCAAACAAGAUUUAGAAGAAAAUAAGUCAUUUUUAAGUAUUAUUACUAGAUCAAUGCCAUUAUUGAAUAAACAUUAUCCUGAAUAUGUUGAAAGAUUUUCAUCAGAUACAAGAAUGAUAACAGAUUCCGAUGAUUAUAAAAUAGAUCAUUUUAAUACUCCACAUCUUCAUCACUUUUCCGAUAUUGAAAUAGUUGAUUUAACUCGAUCGAUUAAUUGGCACCGUUAUAAUUAUCGAAUUGAGAAAUGGAAUUCAAUCAAAUUCUUUUCAUUUCUAUAUUAUACAAUUGAAGCCUUAAUAUAUUUCUUUACAUCAAUUAUUUCCUUUCCAAUCUUUUAUAUUUUAAAUUAUUUUAACAUUAUUAAUGAUUUUUACAUUGAUGGAUUUACUUUUUGUUAUUAUAAAUCUACUUAUUUGGGAUCUUAUUUAUUAGAUUCAGUAUUUCCCGAAAACCCGAAACCUAUAAUUACCUUUAUGAAUCCAUAUAUCGAAUUUGGCAGUUAUCCACAAGGAGAUGGUUUGUGUUGGUGGUUAUCGGAUUUAUUUAAACCCAAACCUAGUCCAUUCGUAAAAACAAUAAGUAGUGCGAUAUAUAACACAUGGAAUGGUGAAGCAUUAGUUAACUUCAAGUGGAAUAAAUAUGGAUUUUAUUAUUAUAUAGUUAUUUGGACCAUGUUUAAUAUUUUACUUGUAUGCUUUACUGCUGCAACGACAUUUUCUGAUCAUUACAUAUCUGAAGGUGUCAGAAAUCAACUUUUAAUCGCUUCAAUUAUCCUUGGAUUUUUUCAUUCCACUGUUGAGUUUCGUCAGGUUUUUUAUGAUGUUGGUGAAUGGUUUCGAGAUCCUUGGAACUAUUUUGAUUUGGGAGCAUAUCUAUCCCCUGCUUGUACAGCUAUUUAUUGGUUAUCUAUCAAAGAUGAAGCCGAUAAACCCUAUUUUUGGAUUGCAUUUUCAUGUCUCUUGUUAGAUUUGAAGUUUUUAUUGUUUUUUAGAGCAUUUAAAUCAUUUGGGCCAAGACAAGAUUAUGAUUUAGAACAUCCUCCAAUUACAAGAAAUGAUAGCAAUAAUCCUUGGAAUUUAACUAGUAGUUAUGUUGCAAUACAAGAAGAUGGAACCAUUGCACCAGGUCAAAUAUUGACUCAACAUCCUGAUUCAAACACAAACAUGUUUACGGAUUAUGAUACAGCACUUUUUUCAACGUAUUUAUUUCUAACAGGAGAUUCAAGCGCCUUUUCUAACUGGGAAUAUAAAAACAACACAUCACUUGCUAUAUUGAUGUUUUUAUUCUCUUUAACAAUUGCUGUAUACCUUAUGAAUUUGUUGAUUGGAUUGCUAAGUAAUGCCAUUGAGAAAGAUAACAAUAGAGCUUCAUAUUUUAAACAAAAGGCAAAGAUUUUGGCAGAAAUCGAGUUAUUUUACUUAUUUCCAAACCAAAGACGUUGGAAAACCUGGUUUCCUGAUGUGAUAAAAGUUCGAGAACUAAUUAAAGAGAAGGAAUGGGAUUCCAAUGAAUUUCCAGAAUUAAAGCAAAAAUUAUUAACCAAGCUCAAUAUUCAGGAAAAUUCCGAAGAAGAAUUAUUAUCUAUUGUUAUAGAAAGGACAUAUAAGCAAAUAUUCGAUAAAAAUAAAAAGGAUUCCGAGAACUCUCAGAGUUAA